AUGGAUUUCCACCUGCAAACCCUCUGGUCAGAGGUGGCCAAGCCGCAGUCGCUGGCCACGCUGUUUCUUGGAGCCACCUUACUCUGCGCAGCCAGAGCUGCCUACCUCGUGUACUUCCACCCGCUCUCCAAGUUCCCCGGCCCGCGGCUCGCCGCUGUGUCCGACCUUUGGUACGGCUACCACUGGCUCAGCGGGAGGUACCCGUGGGCCGUCGAGGAUGCGCUGCGCCAGUACGGCGACGUGGUGCGCAUUGCGCCCAACGAGCUCGUCUUCGUGACCCCGCAGGCCAUCGCCGACAUCUACGGGCCGCACGACAAGGGCCUCGAGGCGUGGGUCAAGACUGACUUCAAUAACAUGGGCAAGGGCCUGGGCGGCAUCUUGUGGGAAGAGGACCCGGUGCGCCACCGCGCCGUCGCCCGCCAGCUGCACCCGGCCUUCAGCAGCCGCAACGUGCGGGCCCUAGAGCCGCUCGUCCACCGGCACAUGGACUACUUUGUGGCGCGCAUGGCGGAGCUGGGGGGUGUCGCCGCCGGCGUCGACGUCGCGCGGUGGAUCAACUGGCUGGCCAUGGACCUAGCGGGCGCCAUGUCGUUGAGCGAAGACCUAGGCCAGCAGCGCGCGAUGCGCAACGACGCGCGCCUCGACAUGCUGCUAGCCUUCAACGCCUUCGCCACGGCCAUGCAAGUCUUUAAGCGCUUCGGCCCCGUGCUGCGCCAGCUGCAGUACCUGCUAGCACCGGCGUCCAAGCUGCUGCUGUUUGCGCGCACCGAAGCCACGACGCGGCGCCAGGUGCGCCAGCGCAUCGCCGACCGCGGCGCCAAGACAGACCACGCCGACUUCUUCGAGUUCCUGCUCCCCGCCGCGGCCCCGGCGCCCACCGACACCACGCACCUCGCCGCCGUCGCCGUGCAGCUGACCUUUGCCGAGUUCGGGCCCAUGUCCGACUGGUUCUACAGCGCGCUGGUCCACCUGCUGGCCGAGCCGGCGUGCCACGCGGCCCUGGUGCGCGAGGUGCGCGCCGCGUUCGCGCGCAGCGCCGACAUCGUGGCCACGGCCGUCGCCCCGCUGCCGUACCUGCACGCCUGCCUCAAGGAAUCGCUGCGCUUGUUCAACAGCAACAGCACCGGGCUGCCGCGCAUCAGCCCCGGCGCCGUCGUCGACGGCCAUUUCGUUCCCAAGGGGGCCCACGUGCAGACGAGCGUGUUCGCCAGCUUCCGCAGCGCGCGCUACUUCCACGAGCCUCUGGCAUUCCGGCCGCAGCGGUGGCUGGCGCCGGGCCACGCGUUGCACGAGGCGCGGUUCGCCGCCGACGACGCCAGUGGCUUCGUGCCCUUCAGCCUCGGCCCGCGCAUGUGCAUGGGCCGCGAGCUGGCCUGGAUGCAGGGCAAGCUGUUCCUCGCCAAGGUGCUCUGGGCGUUCGACGUUGCCCUGGGGUCUGGACAGCGCGUCGACGGCUUGGAUGCCGCGCUGCGGCAUUACGGGUUCCUCGUCAAGCCGGAGGUGAAGGUCAGGUUCACGCCAGUUGAGAGGUGA